AUGGACGAAAUUAUUACUAGAUUAAAAAACAAAGAUAAAACCAUCCAACAAAAGGCCGCUCAUGAUCUCCGAGCCCUAGUCGAAGGGCAACCUAACCUUCUAAAUGAAGCAAAUAAACGGAUAUUUGAAAUGAUGCAGGGAGAUACACCUGAUUCUCAUAAGAUCGGUGGUAUUCUCGCAAUUGAUUCAUUAAUCAAUAACAAUAUCGAGACGACAACACUGUCUCGGUUCACUAAUUAUCUGAAAAUGGUUCUUCCAAGCGGAGAUCCAGAAAUCAUGAAGUUAGCGUCAAGGGCUCUUGGAAAGUUGGCAGCACCGAGUGGUGCAGUGACCGCUAUAUUUGUACAACGGGAGGUUAAUACUGCAUUAGAAUACUUACAGGGAGAUCGCCAUGAGCAAAGGCGAUAUUCAGCCGCUCUCGUCCUUCGUGAAUUAGCACAAAACGCUCCAACACUCGUAUACACGCACGUACCGGUAAUCCUGGAUUCGAUAUGGGUUGGUUUGCGUGAUCAAAAACAGAUCAUAAGAGAAGCGUCGGCGGGAACUUUGAGUGCAUGCUUGAAAAUCGUGUAUGAACGUGAAAGUGCCCAAAGAAUUCAAUGGUAUACAAAAAUUUACGAAGAAUCCGCAAAGGGAUUAAAGCAAAGUAACGCAGAUCAAAUACAUGGAUCUCUUUUAGUUUACCGUGAAUUGUUGAAUCAUGCACGAGCUUUUAUGCACGAGCGAUAUAAAACCGUGUGUGAGACCAUUUUACGCUAUAAGGAUCAUCGAGAUGGUCUUAUCCGGCGGACCGUUAUUUCCUUAAUACCAGUCCUAGCCGAAUUUGAUGACAAAGAGUUUGUCGCCACUAACGUUCACAAGUGCAUGGUCUAUCUUUUAGCACAACUUAAAAGAGAUCGAGACAGAUCCAACGCUUUUAUCGCUAUUGGUCAAGUUUCUUGCGCUGUCGGUAGUAAUAUGGGCCCAUACCUUGAUUCUAUAUUAAAUAAUAUAAAGGAGGGGUUGUCUACCAAGGCUCGUAAUCGUGGUGGAAAUGAAGCUCCAUUGUUCCAGUGUAUUGGAAUGUUGGCUCGCGCAGUAGGCCAAGCGCUUACAAAACACAUGCACGAACUAUUGGAUUUAAUGUUUGCGUGUGGGUUAAGUGAAUCCUUACGUCAAGCUUUGAUGGAGUUGGCUGAAUAUAUACCACCUCUACUUGCAAACAUUCAAGAACGUCUUUUAAACAUGUUAUCAUUUACGUUGAGUGGGCAACCAUUUAGACCACCUGGUUCUCCUGCACCUGAAGGAAAUGAUCUCAGACGUCAUCUUGGAAACCAAAUUUCCGAGCUGAAAGAUGUUGAUACAAUAAUACUUGCAUUGAAAACUUUAGGAAGCUUUAAUUUCGAAGGUCAUAUCUUGAACGAAUUUGUUCGAGAUUGUGUAGUACGCUACCUGGAAACAGAAAACAAUGAAGUCCGUCAGGCAGCUGCUUUAACUUGUUGUCAGUUGUUCGCUAACGACCCUAUAUUGGAUCAAACAAGUAAUCAUGCGAUUCAAGUGGUUAACGAAGUAUUAGAAAAACUUUUGACAGUGGGUGUUGCUGACACUGAUCCAGUAAUACGAGAGACAGUUCUAUCAAAUCUUACUGAAAGAUUUGAUCGACAUUUAGCGCAAGCAGAGAAUAUUAGAUCAUUAUUUAUUGCUCUCAAUGAUGAAGUAUUUACUAUUCGUGAGAUUACUAUUACGAUUAUCGGCCGUUUGGCAUCACAUAAUCCCGCAUACGUGAUGCCUUCACUACGAAAAACAUUAAUUCAACUUUUGACAGAGCUUGAGUAUUCGAGCGUUAGUCGUAAUAAAGAAGAAAGUGCAAAAUUAUUGAGUUUAUUGGUUUCAGCAUCACAAAGAUUGAUAAAACCGUAUGUAGAAUCCAUUCAUAAGGCCUUGUUGCCUAAAUCUCGUGAUCCGAGUCCUGCGGUGGCAUCAAGUGUUUUAGCUGCACUGGGUGAAUUAGCACGGGUAGGCGGUGAAGACCUAAUUCCAUAUUUAGAUGAAUUGAUGCCGCUUAUUAUUGAUGCCCUUCAAGAUCAAAGUUCGACGGUCAAGCGAGAUGCGGCUCUCAAGACUUUGGGUCAGCUCACAAGCAAUACUGGUUUCGUCAUAGAACCAUAUCAAAAGUAUCCAAAAUUGCUGACUAUUCUUAUUAACAUAUUAAAAACGGAGCAAUCGCUUUCCAUACGCCGAGAAACCGUCAAGCUUGUUGGAAUUCUUGGAGCCUUGGACCCUUAUCGACACAAGAUAACCAUUGGAUCAACAGAUGAUUCAUUGACUGAUCCUAAAUCGAACAACACUGACAUUUCUCUACUAAUGAUGGGAAUGGGUCCUUCAUCAGAAGAUUAUUAUCCUACCGUUGUAAUAAAUGCGUUGAUGAAAAUAUUACGUGACCCUUCACUGAGCGCUCACCAUACUGCCGUCAUUCAGGCGGUCAUGUAUAUAUUCAAAACCCUUAACCUUAAAUGCGUACCAUUCUUGCCACAGAUUACCCCUGCAUUCUUAGGUGUAAUGCGAACGUGCCCUGGUGGAAUGUUGGAGUUUUACUUCCAACAACUCGGUAUCCUUGUCUCAAUCGUGCAUCAGCACAUCAGAAAUUAUCUUUCAGAUAUUUUCGAAUUAGUAAGGAAUUUUUGGAACCCGAGCUCUACAAUUCAGAUAACGAUUAUCCAUCUUGUCGAGGAAAUUGCUAAGGCCCUUGAUGGAGAAUUUAAAAAUCAUCUUCCAACACUCCUACCAACGAUGCUACAAAUUUUUGAUGAGGAUAUUAGUGACAAACGUCAACCUACUCAAAGAGUAUUGCACGCUCUUGUUGUAUUCGGCACGAACAUCGAAGAGUAUAUGCAUCUUGUUAUUCCCGUUAUUGUAAAACUUUUCGAGAAGCAAGACGUGCCUCACCAGUUGCGCAAAUCUGCAAUUAUCACCAUUGGUCAAUUAUCCAAAAAAGUGAACUUUUCAGAUCACGCAUCAAGAAUAAUCCAUCCAUUAUCUCGUGUUUUGACCCAUCAAAGUAAUCAAGAUUUGAAAAACGCAGCUAUGGAUACACUUUGUUCUCUUGUGUUCCAGUUAGGGUCCGAUUAUGCGAUAUUCAUUCCAAUGAUAAAUAAGGUUUUACAAAAGCAACGUAUUCAACAUCCUAAUUAUGAUAUGUUGGUGUCCAAGCUUUUGAAGGGAGAACCUUUGCCACCAGAAUUGGGUACUGAGGAAAGAUAUGGUGAGUCACGAGUUGAAGAAACCCCGACUGCCGAAGCAAAUGCAAAAAAAUUACCAGUGAAUCAACAACAUUUAAAAAAUGCGUGGGAAUGUUCGCAAAGGUCAACAAAAGAUGACUGGCAUGAAUGGAUCCGUCGUUUAAGCGUUGAACUCUUGAAAGAAUCGCCGUCACAUGCUCUUCGGGCCUGCGCAAGUUUAGCGGGUGUAUAUCACCCUCUGGCAAGGGAAUUAUUCAAUGCAGGUUUUAUAUCGUGUUGGUCAGAAUUGUAUUAUCAAUAUAAGGAUGAACUAGUUAAUUCAUUAAUGUCUGCAUUGAGGGCCCCAAACAUUCCCCCUGAGAUAGUCUCGACGAUAUUGAAUCUCGCUGAAUUUAUGGAACACUAUGACAAGUCUCUUCCUAUAGAAAUUCGAACGCUUGGUAAUCAUGCGGAAAUUUGUCAUGCAUACGCCAAAGCUCUUCACUACAAGGAGCUGGAAUUUAUGACCGAAGCCACAACAGAAACGAUUGAGAAAUUGAUCCAAAUUAAUAAUCAACUUCAACUCCCCGAUGCGGCAAUUGGCAUACUGACGCACGCGCAACAAACUCCUGGGUUGCAUCUCCAAUUAAAAGAAAAUUGGUACGAAAAAUUAACCAGAUGGGAGGACGCCUUGGUUGCUUAUGAAAAGCGCCUCAAAAAUGAUCCAAAUGAUUUUGAAGCAACACUUGGUGUAAUGCGCUGUUUACAUUCAUUGGGUGACUUUGAUAAUCUAUCCGAUCUCGUUCAAGAAAAAUGGCAAGAUGCUUCAAUUGACCAGAGAAAGGCCAUGUCUACUUACGCAGCGGCAGGGGCGUGGUCAUUAGGUAAAUGGAACCUGAUGGAGGACUAUAUUCCGACAAUUAAACCAGAGUCUCCGGAUCGUUCAUUUUAUCAAGCUGUUCUGGCUCUUCACAAGAAUCAGUAUGCCGAGGCCAUACGUCACAUUGAUAAAACGCGGGAUCUUUUGGACACUGAAUUAACCGCUCUUGUAGGCGAAAGUUACAACAGAGCAUAUAGUGUUGUCGUUCGUGUCCAAAUGUUGGCCGAAUUGGAAGAGAUUAUUACGUAUAAACAAUUUGCAGACCAGCCUGAUAGACAGGCAACCAUAAAGAAGACAUGGAUGAAGAGCGUUGAAGUUUGGCAGCAGGUUCUCAAAGUUCGCGCUUUAGUUAUUUCCCCUAAAGAAAAUAUGGAAAUGUGGAUUAAGUUUGCAAAUUUAUGCAGAAAAAGUGAUCGUCUCGAUUUGGCUGAAAAGACAUUGAAGCAAUUAUUAGUAGGAGAUCAAAAAAUGGUUGUCCAUCCAUCGAUUUUAUCUCGAGCCGCACCUCAGGUGGUUUAUGCUCACCUGAAGUGGAUGUGGGCUAGCGGUACUCGGGAAGAGGCGCUAAGGCUUCUAAAGGAUUUUACGGCGGGAAUGUCAAACGAUCUUCGAAUAGGGAAUACUGGAUUACUUGCUCGUUGUUAUCUCAAAAAGGGCGAAUGGCAAAAGGUUCUUCAAGAAGACUGGGAUCCGGAAACAAUCCCUGAUAUUCUCAAUUCAUACAAUUUAGCAACAAAAUACGAUAAAGAAUGGUAUAAAGCAUGGCAUGCGUGGGCACUUGCAAAUUUCGAGGUGAUAUCUCAUUAUGAGAAAUUAAAUUCCAUGGAUAAUUCUCGAGAAGAGCAAAAUAUUACCUAUGUUUCUGAAGAAGAUGCAAAUAUCCACAAUGAAGUAUUGGCCUAUGUAGUUCCGUCCGUGCAAGGUUUCUUUAGAUCAAUAGCGCUUUCCAGAGGAAAUUGUCUACAAGACACACUUCGAUUGCUAACUUUAUGGUUCAAGUAUGGAAAUCACGAAGAGGUUAGCAGAACGAUUAAACAAGGAUUUGGAAGUGUUAAUAUUGACACGUGGCUCGAAGUAAUACCACAGUUAAUCGCUCGCAUACAUGCUCCCAACGCUAAAGUUCAUGAACUAAUACAUCAAUUGCUGGUCGACGUUGGUAAAGAACAUCCUCAAGCACUGAUCUAUCCGUUAACUGUUGCAUCCAAGUCUCAAAGUGUUAAUAGACAAAGAGCUGCCUCGGCUGUUAUGGAUAAGUUAAGAGCACACAGUGCUGUUCUUGUGGAUCAAGCUUUAUUGGUGAGCAAGGAACUCAUCCGCGUUGCUAUUUUAUGGCACGAGAUCUGGAUGGAAAACUUGGAAGAGGCUUCAAGGUUAUACUUUAUAGACCGAAACUUCGAUGCAAUGUUCCAGAUAUUGGAUGAGCUACAAGAACGUCUCGACGGUGGUGCCGAAACUUUGAGAGAGGUUUCAUUUGUACAAACUUACGGACGAGAACUUCAGGAAGCUGGGGGAUGGUGCAAAAAAUACAAGCAAACUGGUGACAUGACACUCCUUGCUCACGCAUGGCAGAUCUAUCAUGAACUGUUCAAGAAGAUAACUGCACAAGUAGGAACAAUAACUUCAUUAGAACUUCAAUAUGUGUCACCCAAAUUGCUAGCCGCUCGGGAUUUGGAACUAGCAGUACCAGGUACCUACAAGAGUGGUGAAAAAGUAACAAAGAUCACAAGCUUUGUAUCGACUGUCAGCAUAAUAUCUUCUAAACAACGCCCACGAAAGCUUAACUUGAUAGGCAGUGAUGGAAAAGAAUAUCAAUUCUUGCUUAAAGUUUUUGGCACUAAUGUAGGUCACGAGGAUUUACGUCAAGACGAACGUGUUAUGCAAUUAUUUGGAUUGGUCAAUACUCUGUUAUCCGUUGAUUCGGAAACAUUUAAGCGUCAUCUAAACAUUCAAAGAUACACAGUCACUCCUCUAACACCGAAUAUUGGGCUUCUUGGAUGGGUACCAAACUGUGACACUCUUCAUGCUCUUAUUCGUGACUAUCGUGAAAGUAAAAAGAUCCUGCUAAAUAUAGAACAUCGAUUGAUGUUACAAAUGGCACCUGAUUAUGAUCAAUUAACGAUUAUAGAAAAAGUUGAAGUAUUUGAAUAUGCCCUGGCCAAUACGACAGGUCAAGAUCUAUAUAAAGUUCUUUGGCUUAAGAGCAAGAGUUCAGAAGCUUGGCUGGACAGAAGAACCAAUUACACACGAUCAUUGGCACUGAUGUCGAUGGUAGGUUAUAUCCUUGGACUUGGUGAUAGGCACCCGUCGAACAUAAUGUUGGAUCGAUAUACAGGGAAAAUUGUGCACAUCGAUUUCGGAGAUUGUUUUGAGGUCGCAAUGACGCGUGAGAAAUAUCCCGAAAAAAUACCAUUCCGAUUAACUCGAAUGUUAAUUAACGCAAUGGAAGUUAGUGGCAUUGAAGGAAAUUUCCGUACCACUUGUAAUGCUGUCAUGAGCGUAUUACGCAAAAAUAAAGAAAGUCUAAUGGCAGUUUUAGAAGCGUUCGUACACGAUCCUUUGAUAAAUUGGAGGAUCAUGGCAAACCCGAGUCCUCGACAAGAUGGAGAGAAUAUUAAUGCUGGAGGUACAAGCAAUCGUCGUGCGCGCGAUAUUAUAAACCGCAUUUCAAAUAAGCUGACUGGUAAGGAUUUCAACCCCAACCAAGAACUCGAUGUUCCGUCUCAAGUAGAACGUCUAAUACAGCAAGCUAGAUCGGUUGAAAAUUUAUGCCAAUGUUAUAUUGGAUG